CCCCGCGGCCGCCCAGCCCGCCCCGCGUGUUUGGCCCGGAGCUGCGAGGGGCCGGGACCCAGGCCUCGCGCCCCUAUGACCCCCAGGGCAGCAGGGGACCGUCGCCCCUCCCAGGCCUGGCCGGGCUUCCAGCUGCUCCUGGUUUGUCUCCUGGUGGUGGGCAAGCCCACCAUGGCCAAGAACUGCAAGCACGUCAUCGGGGCUGGCCACCUGAAGGAUCUACAGCAGCUGAUUGACAGCCAGAUGGAGUCUUCCUGCCAGAUCUCCUUUGAGUUUGCUGACCGGGACCAGCUGAAAGACCCUGUUUGCUACCUGAAGAAGGCCAUCCUCUUGCUAGAGGACAUCCUGGAGGAGAACAUGCAGUUCAAGCCCAACUCUCUCAAUGCCAACAUCACUCAGUCACUGCAGGAGCUUCAGCUGCGGCUCAUGAUGUCAUGUGAUAUCAAGAAGGACAAGGAGCACAGCAAGGCCUGUGUGAAGACUUUCUACAAGACCCCCCUGCAAAUGCUGGUAAUGGUCAAAGAUGUCUUUGAGGAAACCAAGAAGCUCCUGGAGAGUGAUACUGAUGCCUUUGUCAAAGACUGCAGCUCUAGUUUCACACAGUGCAAACAGCCCGAUGUAGUGAAUGAGCCAGCCUGCAGCUGCCCAACCCCCAGAGCCACCCUUAGUGGGGAAUUGGCUGAUGACCCAACCCUCUUGCCCACCGCAGCCCAGCCAGGCAGCUCGGCUGGGUUGGGCCUUGAGGAGACAGAGGCCUCCAGUUUCUUCCCUGGGCACAUAUCUGACCCCUCUCAACUUCCCAUCAUGUCACGAAGAGAAGCCAUCCAGCAUGUUUGUGGGAGCGCUGGUCCAGCUGAGACUCAGGGCCCUGAGGGAGGCUCCACCCUCCCUGCCUCCUCCCCACCAGCAGGAUCGCCCACACGGCCAUCACCCCCGGCACGCCCCGGAGACACUCUGUCGGUCCCAGCUGCCUCUCCUGGAUCCGAAGACCCUUCCGACUCCACGACAAGCUAUGUGUCCUCAGCUCAGGGGGAGACACCAGGGAAUGUGGGUUUCUGGGACCCUGGAGACCCAGGUUCCCAGGAUCCCCGGGAUGUGGGCUACCAGAGGGCCACGGUCGGGCCCACCUUUCCAGGAGUGGGCCCCAGGCCAGUGAGCACCGCUGGACUUGAUGAUCACCUCCCUGCCUCAGCUGCUUCCGCCACUGACCGGGGAGCCCCAGCUGGUACCUGGCUGGUGAUGGAAAGUGCCCCGUCCAAAGGGGAAGAUGGCCCGGUCUCCCCCCUGGAAAGCCACUCUGACCCAGCCUACCAUGGCAACCUGCUGUUGCACCCUGAGGAGCUGCUCAGCCCACCUGGAAGCUUCCUUGGGGGCACUCCAGAGCCCCGCAAUCCGCCACAAGGGCAGAAGAGCACCAGGGAGCGGCGGAGCACCGCCCAGAUCAGAGGCGACACUGAGGGAGGCCGAGGAGGAGGCCGAGGAGCGGACAGAGGCCAGAGGGUGGCUGGUCCCAACCCGGACUUUAACGGGUUUCCUUUGACUGACACAGGCCACAAGGAGCAAAGACUGGGCCCCCCCGACCUACCAGGUCUCGUGUUCUACUUGCUGGUGCCCAGUGUCAUCUUGGUCCUGCUGGCAGUGGGAGGCCUCCUCUUCUACCUGCAGAGGCAUCGGACUCUGCGGGAGCUGCAGGCUGUACCGAUUCCUAUGGAACAGCCUGAGAUCAGCCCCCUGAACCAGGAAGAGGACAGACGGGUGGAGCUGCCGGUGUAGGAAAGCCGUGAGCAGCUGGCCCCAUGGGACGGACCCUUCAUGGGAGGAAGAGUCAGAAGCGUCUUCCCUUCCCACGAUGCCCGGCCCCCACCAAGAAGCUUCCUCCUCCUCAACAGGACAGGAGGAGGAGGGGAUGGGCGGGGGCCCUGCCCUGCCCCCCCUACCCUCCCGCCUUGACUCACUGAGACCGCCCCAGGGAAAGAAGGCAGGAACCGGAGGGGGUGGGGGGAGCCGCGAAGCAGCAAAUAUUUAUUCGUGGCCAGGAAGGCCGAGGCCAUGCGCUUCAGGGAACUUUGACCGAUGCUCCAGAGGAACCUCGCUUCCAGGGACUGAGCCUGCCCAGCCAGGAUCGGAAGGUCCCCCACCCGCAUCCCAUCCCCGCAUCUCCUGCACCCUCCCCCAACCCCGCAUCCCAACCUCUUUAAUUCCGGAUGCCAUCUUGAGCAGCCGCUGGGGAUUGGAGGGGCUGUCCAGGACUCCACCACUGUCUGACCAGGGCCUUGGACUUCCUGCGUUCUCUAGCCUGGGAUCAUGAAAUCGGACAAGCAGGGACUUGUCCGUUAAGCCUGAGCAGCUUGCUGCGCUCUAAGCCAGAUGGCUUCCGGCCCAUUUCCUGCCAAAGGGAGGAGGAGGAGAGGCUAAAACCCACUGACCUUCCAGAAUGAGAAUGCGGUAGAGAGCCCCCUCCAGCCCUUCCCUCUGAUCAUCACCAUCUCGUCUCAGUCACCCGGGAACUUAACAAUAGUAAUAGUAAUAGUGGUACUUGUUAAGCACUUACUACGUGCCAGGCACCGCAUGAAGCU